AAUAUUGUUCGUAAAUUUGUUCAUUUGGUUCAGCACGUCCAUUUGGAACCACCACAUGUUGUUCGCAAAAGAAGCAUCUCCCAGCCGCUAAGGAUCAAAGUUUUUUAUGAUAAGAGCGUCCACAGACUCCCUGUUGAGAAAUUUGAAGUUAUUAAUCUAACUAUCCUUCCCCAAGCUUUGGAUUACUGGCAGAACACACUUCUUGUUAGACCCAUGGCUGUGCCCAUUCGACUUAAUAGAAAAUGCCCAAAUAACCAGGCCUUCUUCCCUGGAGACGUCUCCCUUCAGCAUUGUAAAGAACGAUGUGAAAAUGUUACAACUUGUGGUGAAGUAGUUGUUCCUGAGGAACAUUUAGAACCGUGCCGAGUGUGCAGUUCUACUGGUCACUUCUGCCAGGUGACUCCUCCGGAAGGUCCAGGAAUUAAGGAUGCGGAUUUUGUAUUCUAUGUGUCAGCCAUGCAGACGGAUCGAUGCCACAAGGGGCAGACGGUAGCAUAUGCUGCUCACUGCCAGCAAGAAGCUGCCCUUGAUAGACCCAUUGCUGGUCAUGCCAAUUUGUGCCCAAAUUCCAUUUCCACAAAGCCACAGGACUUAGAUACUUUACUGUCAACUGUAAAGCAUGAAAUUUUGCAUGCUUUGGGAUUUUCAGUCAGCCUUUAUGCAUAUUUUAGGGAUAAGUAUGGGAAUCCACUCACCCCAAGAGGAAGAAAUGGAAAACCUAUGAUAAAUAAAGUGAUCCAAGCACACCAGUGGAGUGAUCGAAUCAUUAGGGAAGUUGAAAGGAGAGAUUGGAAGGUGCGAGGAAUGUCACUGAAGAAGACUGUUAAGAUUGUGGUCACACCUAGAGUCCAAGAGGAAGUGCGUCUUCAUUUCAACUGUUCGUAUUUGGAAGGAGCAGAAUUAGAAGAUCAGGGGGAAGAUGGAACUGUUCUUACCCACUGGGAAAAGAGACUUUUUGAGAAUGAAGCUAUGACUGGCACCCAUACUCAAAAUCCAGUGUAUUCCAGAAUUACAUUGGCUCUAAUGGAAGACACUGGGUGGUAUGUGCCUAACUAUGACAUGGCCCAAGAAUUGAAGUGGGGAAAAGGCCUUGGUUGUGAUUUUGUGUUCAAAAGCUGCAAAGAUUGGAUUGAUUCCCGUAGAAUAAGACAGGAAAGUAUUCACCCUUACUGUGAUAAAGUGAAGAAAGAUCCCCUGGAAACGGAAUGUACCGAUAGUCGAGAUUCUGUGGCAUUAUGUAAUUUAGUGGAAUACUCUAAAGAGCUCCCACCUGUGUUUCAGAAUUUUGAUGACAUUCCUGGUGUACCAAGUUCUGAAAUUGGAAAAUAUGGUGGGUCUGUCAGCUUAGCAGAUUAUUGCCCCUACAUUCAGGAGUUCACAUGGAAGUCCAAUAAUAUAGUAGUGAGAGGCUCUCAGUGCCAGUUUCCAGAAAACAUGCCACAACCAGAGAAAAAUUUUGCUUUGGAAUGGUAUGGACCCGGAUCCAAGUGUUUCCAUCACAGCCGUGAUAUGUGGGAGGAACGAACGUGUCACCAGGUCCGACAGUGGCAGCACUGGGGCAGUGGCUGUUAUCAGUAUCAGUGUGCUCAGGGCCAACUACAAGUUUUGGUGGCCAACCAUAGUUAUACUUGCUUUCAUGCAGGGCAGCAAUUGAAAAUCCAAAUUUUUUCGCAGGGAUGGCUGCACAUAGGGACCAUAGUUUGUCCCCCUUGCCAAGAGAUAUGUGGGGACAAUGACAUUAACUGCCAGCCAGAACCCAAGUAUUUAUAUGCAUCCACCAAACAUCACUACGAUGAACUGCCUUGCUCUUCCGAGUGUCCACUCCCCCUCAUGGUGCUUAUGCUGCUCUCGUUUCUCCUGCCUUGGACUCUGGCGAGCUGA